AUGGCAACGAUCCAGAAGGUGGAUGUAAAGAAACUCCCAGGUGAAAGAACAUUCCUUAACCUUGCACAUGUGCUACUGAGACGCAUAGUUAAUCUGGCAAGAGGGAAUGGAUCGAAUGAAAUUCACUUCGUUGCAGACACCUACAGAGACCAGUCGAUAAAAAAUGCAGAAAGGGCUAAAAGGGCUGUUGGGGGUUCGCAGGUGAUACGCGUCUAUGGGCAGGCAAUUCCACUGCAAUGGAAGAAGUUUCUCUCGUGUGGUAAAAACAAGGAAGCGCUGCUCCAGUACUUGUAUGACACAUGGAAGACAGUGAAGAUGUGCGACGUCCAUGGUAUAAAGGUCUAUUAUGCCCAUGGAAGCAAGUGUGAUAUAUUCUAUGCAAUACCCGGUAACACAGCAGAUCAGAUUGUUGAAGUCCAUGAAGUACUGGAAUUGAAUUCCACACAAGAAGAAGCCGAUACAAGGUUGUAUCUUCAUGCAGCUUAUGCAGCCAAAACCUGCUCAGAUGUCAUCAUAGUGAGUCCUGACACUGAUGUUCGUGUUAUCGGGGUAUCGUUGCAACCACUGAUUGCUGCCCAUCUGUAUUUUCAUACUGGAAAGGGAGCUGAUCUUCGAACAAUUGAUAUCAAAACCAUUCAUGAAAGCAUUGGUGAUGACGUCAGGCAGUCUUUGAUAGGACUGCAUUGUUUCAACGGGUGUGAUAGUGUGAGUGCCUUCUACGGAAGAGGGAAGACGAAAGCCUUCAACUUACUCCUCAAUGACAAGAACUUGUGCUCUGCAUUCAAAGAUCUUGGAGAACGAUUUGAUUUUCUGCCAGAGAUGGUAGUGCUGGUGGAGAAGUUUGUGUGCAAAUUGUAUGGGCAACAUGAUGUUGAACCACGGGCUUUAGGACAAAUUCAAUUCGACAACAAUAGUAUUCUAUCUAAAUAGCAGUUAAAAUAAAGUGUACGGCACCUGAACUGUUCAAUAUCUUGCUUCUGUAUCCAUAAAACAUUUACAUAUAUGCAAAUGCUCUAUAUUUUCAAAAUACGCCAUAUUUAUUUACAUUAGAACCAAAGCUUUCGCCGUUUUGCGGUUCACACGAAAUAUUACGUCAGUGAUUUUCACUAAUGAUAAGAGGGUAGGAUCAUCCAAUUGUUCAAUCGUUUGAAGCGCGAGGAAACCAUGCUUCCAUAUAUGGCACAAACGUGUCCCCAACUUCCUUAUAUUGGCACAAACGUGUCCCCAAAAUUAUUUUAUCGAAGCCGUUAUGAUGUCAUAAGAUUCCUCCCGCUCGGAACGAUUUGAAUAGGUCACGUGGUACAGAAUCCAGACAGCUGAUUGGGUUAGCGAGUGACAACGCCCACUUUAAUCCUACCUUCUUAUUAUUAGUGAAAAUCACCGACGUUAAUAUUACGUGUGAACCGCGAAAGCUUGGGUUCUAAAUUCUAAUGUAAAUAAAUAUGGCGGAUUUUGAAAAUAUACAGCAUUUGCAUAUAUGCAAAUGUUUUAUGGAUAUAGAAGCAAGAUAUUGAACAGUUCAGGUGCCGUACACUUUAUUUUAACUGCUAUUUAGAUAGAAUACUAUUGUUGUCGAAUUGAAUUUGUCCUAAAGCCCGUGGUUGAACAGGUCAACGUAGCCAGGUACAACAUGUUCCGCUUAGCACGAAAGUCCGAAAAUGCCAUGCCACCCAACCAAGAUGCACUGACGCAGCAUAUCAAGAGAGCAAAUUACCAAGCAGGUAAUUUAAUCAUGGUGAAGCUGAAAUGAGAACUGUCAUAUUAAUUUCGCAUGUGUGAAAUAGUAAUUACGUUGUUGUGAAUGCUGCUUUGCACGUGUAGAAUAUAGGUAUACUUGUAUGAAACAACUUCAAGAAAACUUUCAUCUUUCAUACAAUUUUUACAGGUAUCUUCAAGCGAAGCAUGCAGGCAACACCAGAUGUACCCUCUCCCCAACACCAUGGCUGGAAGAGAGAAGAUGGCAAUCUUGUGGUAGACUGGAUGACUCUGCCUCCUGCUCCAGAUAGUGUUAUGGAACUUGCCCACUGCACUAGUAGUUGCAAGAAAAGUAGCUGCAGCGAUGCGAGUAAAUGUACUUGUCUAGAGAACAAUGUACCCUGCACAGAUUUGUGCAAUUGUGCUAGAAAGACCUGUAGUAACAUUGCAGGGCAAGCCAGUUUUGAAGAUGACGAGGAAGAUGAUGAUGAUGAUCAUGAGGCGGCGGAGUUGACAUCGAAGAGGACUAACUAA